AUGGGUUCACCAUUUACUAUGGUUUUAGCAAAUAUUUAUAUGUUAGAAUUGGAGCAAAAAUUAAUUCAACACCAAAAUAGACAUCAUGAAAUUUAUGGACGAUAUAUUGACGAUGUAUUUAUGACAACUAAUUUAUCCAAAGAAAAUAUUCUGAAAGAACUUGAUGAAACCAUUAACACAGAUUCAAAUGUUAAAAUUACUACUACUAUCAGUCAAUCAUUAGAAUAUCUUGAUGUUACUAUUGAAAAUAAUAAUGGAUAUUUAAAAACAUCUAUUUAUCAUAAAUCAGCUUCAGAACCCUAUAUUCUACCUUAUGAAUCUGAUCAUGCAAGACACAUUCAUGCGAAUAUAAUUUAUACUGCAUUAGUGCAAGCUGCACGUAGCUGUUCCAAUAUGGAAGAUUUUGAUAUGGAACGAUUAAGUACAGAAAUGAUAUUACUAGUUAACGGUUAUCCACCAAAAUUUAUACAACAUUAUAUAAAAAAAUUCUUUGUUAAAUAUGAUUCUAUGAGUAUAUGGACUGAAUUAAACAGUGAAGUCAAUCAACAACUACAUAAUAUGUUACUUUACAGACCAACAAAAAGAGAAAACAAAACAUAA